AUGUCUACUGCCGAGCCGCAUGCCGAGGUCAGGGCUUCCAUCGCCACUCCCAUUAACCUCAUUCUCGGAUCACUGUUCGUCCUCAUUAUCUACUACCACUUCCGCCCCAAGGCUCCCACCAGCCUUCCUCGAGGCCCUGCCCCCAUCGUGUUCCGCACGUAUACCCCGAAGACCCUCCUCGAGUUCAAUGGCGCGAACGGCGCUCCAGUCUUCCUAGCCGUGCGAGGCCGCGUCUUUGACGUGACCCCUGGCCGGAACUUCUACGGACCCGGCGGCCCCUACGAGAACUUCGCUGGCCGUGACGCAUCCCGUGGCUUGGCUAAUCAGAGCUUCGACGAGGAUAUGCUGACCAAAGAUUUGUCCGGUCCGCUGGAUGAUCUGGCGGACUUGGAUGCCGACCAGCUGGAUAACCUCCUGGCCUGGGAGGAGCGUUUCUCCGAGAAAUAUCUGGUGGUCGGUAAAUUAGUUGCCGAAGGAGAUCCCGAGGCUCCCAAGGCAUGA